UUCUAAUCCGUAGUGAUUCGAAGCAACUAGCAAUGCUGUCAUCGCAUGCGCGCUUGAUCGCCCGGCAAAGCACCAAGGACGAUGCGCUGUCACGGGAAGACUACCUCAGACAGGUUAUGGCGGAAUGCACUCACCCAUCGACACCACUCAAAGCUAAAGAGCAAUGCUUGGCACACCUGGCGAACUUCAGCUACGACCCGAUCAACUUUGCGUACUUUCAGCGGUUGAACGUGGUGGAUAUGUUCGUCGACUUUAUUGACGAGGUCCUUUCCGUUGCCGUUCAAGUCCAACCCCCUUCGAGCAAACGAUCAACUCACUAUCUUCAUGCUGUCACAGUCGCUCGACUGGCAACUCAAGGCAUAUGCAAUGUUGCCCCGGACCCGCGCUUCCAAAAAAUCCUAGUCGAAAACGAUGCGAUCCCCCUCAUCCUGCAAGCGACCCACGCGCCGGACCAAACCACAAGCUCUGCCGCCCUGUCUACAUUGUACUUUUUGCUUGACUCACCUUCCAACUUGGUUCCUGCUGCGUCAGUGCGGUACAACGAAGACAUCCUAACGCGUGUGAAACAAUGCAGCCUCCACGACGAUACUGUCAUUCGCAAUGUUGCUGUCGCGUUCUUGGCCUAUAGAGAUGAGUUGGAGUCUGAUUGUAAGAAGUGAACACGUCCUCGAUGGGUGAGGGAUCCAAAUCACUACUAUAAACAGCGUAACUCUAUUCUUGCAGGUCGGGCAAGUCCUCGUCGUCGCUGUCUUCUUCGUCGGGGAGGUUUGCACCUUGCUGGGCCAUCAUUUGGUUGAUGUCGAAUCCUCCACCACCGCUCAGGGCACUCAUGUCAAAGCCAUUGUCGUCUCCUUCGUCGUCUUCAUCAACAUAUUUGUUCCAGUCGACUUUGACGUUCGUCUUUUCCAAGUGCUUGUCCUUGAGCAAGUGCGGCCAGAAGUCAGCAUCCUUGUCCUUCUUCAAAAUGAAGAAAUGAAUGUUGCGAUCGGCUUUGGCCCACUUGCUUUCCGGGGCGUCUGUGUCGACUUCGUGCAAAAAUUCCAAAUUGACUUCGUACUUCGUUUGGUUGCUCGUGCCGGAAAACUUCAAGCUCGUGUUGGUCAAGACCACCUUUUCGUCCUUCACGUCAGGCAGGUCCACGGUCAAGUAGAGCGAAUCCUUGCGUUGGGCCCACUUGACAGGUGCCACCAGAGCUCGUUGCGCCAUGAUCUCGUUGCGUGUCUGUGGGGGCGG